AGCAUUGCAAACAAACAUGGCGAACCGAAAAUCGGUACUUGCAAGCAGUUGCACAUAAAUUUCAUCUUGCCAAUCGGUGAUGUGACAUCUAACACAGGAAAUGGAUGAAGACGAAAAGAGGGCCGACAAUCUGGAUGUCUUCUACCAUCAAGGUAAAUUGUGCCUGUACGGGUUGUUUUAAAAUCUUCUGUCUACGGUGCAGAGCGCGCGCUUUCCUGAUCUGUGAUGAAAGAUAUAACUAAGCUUACAUUCCCUCAGCAAAUUGGACUUAAGGCGCACAAAAGUAGGAUGAGUCUUAGGUCUUACUCAGAAGGUUUUGAAACAACCGUCAGAUAGCAUGUUUGAUUGAUGUAUUUUUAAAACCUUAAAAUAACUUAAUUAAAGUACGUAGGAUGGCUUUGCAUUUAUUAUGAGUGUUGUUAUACCGUGUACUCAUUAGCUGUCUUGUCAUUGGCUAAGAGCUUACAGCUAAUUUUGGAAAUCAGCGCAACCUACAGUUAAGUUAGUUAUCUGCUAGCUAAUAACUGACUAAUCUGUAGGUUUGCACUCACAAUGCAUGAUUUCCAAAAUGCUGUAGCUAUAUGGACGGUAACCGGUCAAGGUGUUAAAAACACUAAAUGACCGGCAGUUCCAUAUUCUCGGUAAAUUUCACAAAAUCGAAAGAUUCUAGCUAAUCUAAACUAUCAUAUGUCAAUUAAGACAAGUCAAGCGAUCCUGAAAUGCCUUAUAGAUCUCAAGUCUAGUGUUUAGUUUACGCUGGGCUUAGGAGACGAAACUGUGUUUUGUGACACUUAGAACUUUUUUCAGCUUGACUGCCGGUCAAGGUUUUCAAAACACUGGCGCUAAUUGUCUGUCUGUCUGUCUGUCUGUCUUGUAGAGACAGGUAGAGAAAAAAAAAAGGCAGGGACCAACUUGAGAUGUUCAUUUUACUGAUGUGUUAUCUUAUAGCAGUGAUUUUGUUACAGUUGCAUCCUGGGUCCCUAAUGCAUAAAAAUCCACAAAGAUGCAAAAUAAUUCAUAGCAUGUGUCCCAUAGGACGCAAAGAUCAAUUGGUUGAUCUGAAGAUGUGUAUUUGUAGAAAUGUCCCGUUCAUGUUUUUUUUAGUGGCAGUUACUAUGGCUGUUGUUUAAUGAUGCAUGUUUCUUUUAUCCUUUGUUAUGCUUUAAAAAAGAAGGACUAUAUUUUAAUUUCAGUACACUGUUAUACACAGUUUUGAAGUCUGUCUUCAGAUUAACUGUCUAGUUAUAUAAAGGCCCAAGCAUUUUCAAUUUCGGACUUUGUUUUUAACUGGGACUCACUGGUUCUGGAUUGGGACUCAUGAUCUUUCACAAGAUGAGUCCCAGGACUCACCGUAACUAUUUGUACCAAACUCGCCGUUGUAGAUGAGUCCAUUGACAGAGACUCAAGUGUAGUAAACUAUCAUGAGUGGGCAAAUAAAAUGCUGAAAUAUGAUUGGCUUCUUACUCACCAUCUAUAGAAUGAUAGAUAGCAUGGAGCAAGCUGACCUUUUGAACAAAACAAAACAUUUUAGCUACUUCUUUUUUCAACAAAUCAUCAUGUUUCUAAAGAAGUAGAUAAACUAAAUACAUGUACUGCAAAGCAGUCAUGGAAAAUUUGAAAUUAGCAUUUUUACCGCUGACAGAUUAGUACAAAUUUAUUGUUCAUUUGUGAGGAUCGAACAAUUGUUUUUGAGAAUUCAAGUUGUGUAAACAAUGGCCUGUUUUUUAGAAAGUUAUUUCCAUUCCAUAACUUUUGUCAAGAAUUGAAGGUAGUAUGCUAGUUGAUUUCUGCUAAAACAUUAUAUAGACUAAAUGUUCUGAAAGUCAAAUAACCAACUUUCUGCUCUGUGUGUUGUUGACUAUUGACUCAUAGGAAACUUGACAACAUGUAGUCUAAUCAUUGUGAAAGAAAAUGCUUUUAAUACACCAACUUUCCUUGAGUUUGGAGCAUGGCAUGUAACUGGAAAGAAUUGGGGGGGGGGUGGGGUUGCUCUCAUGAUAUGGCCUAUACGAGAAUGUGCUUCUGGGCCGGUUAUGGAUUUUGACCUCUUUGCCUAAACACAAGGCUGUGCUGUAAGGAAAAUUGAAGCGAGUCCAGUGCUCUAGAAAUGUAAAAUUUAGGGUGCCCUGCAUAUGAUUUGAAUCAAAAAAGUAAGAUUUUUUAGUCAACCGACCAAGAGCCAAAGUUAGGUGCCAGGGGCCACUGGGCCCUGUUAGAGCACAGACUUGUAAACAGGGUCUAUAAUUUUGUGAGAGUCUUUCCUAAACAGGGUAUAUAAUGUCGUGCGAGUCUUUCCUACUUGGAAACAAGGUAAUGCCUGCACGAUUUAACUGAUUUGCUAGAUGAAAUUUGUUUGUACUCUAAGUAGACAAAAUUACAAAAGCGAUAUAAAUAAAAGCCUUAAAAUUAAGACGGCUGGCGUGCAUUUUCUCCGUUGUCCUAAACUUGCACGGUAAUGAAACUGAGGGAUUGUCCUAAACAGGGUAUCUAUUUUAGCAUUUUUUUGUCCUUAAGAGGGAAAGAGUUUGAAACCCUCAACAGCUCACCUCACCUACUGCACAGUUCCUUUUUCAUGCCAUUUUUUUUUCUUUAGCAAAAAAACAAAUACUACAAUUCCAAAGUGGAAGCAUUGGUUUGUUUCCCCUGCACACAUCUGGUAGAAAUGAAGAGAGUCAUGUACGAGACAAUGUUUACUGUGCCAUGGCUCUGUGGGCUCUUGGGCUGGCCUACAGGUGAGUGCAGUGGCAAUAGCCCAUGUGCGAUGUAUUAAAAUUCUUACAUGACUCCGAAGUUUUAUGGUCAUUUUACAUGUACUAUAUUAUUUUGGUUUGGUUUUCUUUGUGUGCAAUACUCUUCUGGGAAUUGCGCAAAAAUGGAGUCGUGAAAAAUUGCAAUUUUGCCUCAGAGUCAUUGGAAUUUUAAUAUAUCGAAUGUGAGCUAUGUGGUGAUUUCCUAAAGAUAACCCACCAUACAUCUGUAAUUCCGUUAAAACUGUUUGUGAAAAUAAUGAUGGUGGUGUGUUUUUGUGCCUCUGAAAAUGUUUCAUUUGGGCUUUACUAAAAUGAAAUGAUCUCUCUUUUUCUUUCAAGACAUCCAGUGUGGAAAGUGAUUAUAGUAUCACAAUGUAGAGGUUUAGCACAUGUGAGCACUUGACUAUUAUUAUUAUUGAGCAGGCUUUUACAAGAAUUUAUUUGUUUAUCUAUUUACUUGUUUUUUGUUUUUACUUGAAAAUUAAAUUCAAGGAAGGAUGGAAUAAUGCUGAAGAUAAUCCUGGAAUGAACUAUGUACUUAGGUGCAAGAGGGGGGAGGAAGGGGGUCGCAGUUAAAUAUGUAGUAUGUGAAACCUUCUUUUAAAAACACUAACCCCUAUUUGGUAUUUUCAUCUUUUGACAUGUGCCAGUACAUGUAAGUGAAAAUCGGUUGUCAAUGCAAGAAAGAAGGCCUUCAUAUUAGUUAACUUGCCAAGUUUGAGAGUGAUAAGUGUUAAGCGAGCAAAGAUAUAGCUCUACAAAGUGAAGUUGCAAAAAUUUACAGACGUUUGUAAGGUGCAUCAGACAAAUGUCUGUAAAAUUUCACAACUUUGUAGAGGUAUCUCUUGUUAGUUUUCAACAAAUAACCCUCAAACUUGGCAAUUUUACAAAUUUAAAGGCACUCUUUCCAGCAGAGUCAAUAGAUUUUAGCUCACCUGCCCAUAAAAAAAAAAAAAAUUGAAAAAAACAUGGAAAGGUCUGUUAUCUGCUUGUUCUUAUAGACACAUGGAUGACAGCCAGGGUCGGGCAUAUGAACUUCAACAGGCAGCUGUCAAAUGUAUGAGAGGAAUCUUGUUCUGUUACAUGCGGCAAGCUGACAAGGUAAGUGUCUGAAAACUCCAGUGGAAGAGUUAUGAUGCUCAUUCAAAAUGAAAUAAAAUUAAUGUCUUCUGUGAAAGGUUUGAACCCAGGAGUCAUUUCAAAAGGUUGAGUUUGAUUGUCCGGGUGAACGUAGUCCUGAAUAGGACUGUUGUUGUUGACAGUGACUAACGUUUCAACAACAAUUGUAUGGCGCUGGUAACUGUUGGCUACGAUUCAGUGGUUGCUGAGCUCCAUUUAAAGACAAAACAUCAAAUUGACUGGGACUCUGCGACAUAUAUAACGUAUUCUACAGACUACUAUCAACGUCUUACUUUAGAAAGCUGAUUUACUAACUUAGAACAAAUGCCACUGAAUCGUAGCCAACAGUUACCAGCACUGUACAAAUGACUUAUUGAUGAGAUCAAGCAAAACUAACUACGAGAGAACAACUGGAGAACUGACAAUUUGACUAACAAUAGACGACUGUUUAACUGUGACAAUAGACGGAUCGAAACACACCCAUCACUGAUUACGAGUCUUCAUAGCCAAUAACAUCAUGGCUUAACUGACAGACGACCAAUAACAUUGCGACAUAAUUUACCAAUCAGAUCAAUAACCAGAGUAUAAUACCAUCAACUGACACUAUACAACUCACUUUGACUCUGAAGAUGACUACCGCACAGGUUGUCAAAACGUCAGUCACUGUCAACAACAAAAGUCCUAUUCAGGACUACGUUCACCCGGACGAUCAAACUCAACCUUUCUUUUUAUUAAUGUCUUCUCUUAUCUUUUAUAUUUAUUUUAUUAUGUGGGCUUCUUUUCGUUGUCAAAAUAUUAUUUUUGAAUUUCUUUUUACACACUACAGGUGGAGCAAUUCAAGAAAAACCAGUUGGGGCAUCAUUCACUGCAUGUGAAGUUUAAUGUCAACACUGGUGACCCUGUGGCCUCAGAUUCAGACUGGGCUCAUCUUCAAGUAUGAACUAUUUCUUGACUCAUUACUAUCAUUAAUAAAUCAAUGAUUUUGUUAAUCACUGAUUUUUCUACUCUGCCUUUCUUUUAACAUUUUACUCAAAACGUCUUGUGAAAUAGUAGUUGGUAAGCUGUUACACUAGUGUAACACCUCUGAGUUUGGAUUUGUGGUUCUAGUUUCAAGCCUGGUGGUGACAUUUAUCCCCUAGACAUGAAAAUUGUCUCAUUUUUCUUGCUUUCACCCAGGUGUUUAAAUGGGAACUAGUGACAUACCACUGGGGGUAGCCUUCUGAUGGAUUAGCAUCCCAUCAGGGGUGGGGGAGGGUUAGCAAUACUCAAUAGGUGCUAAUUAUCACAGACCAAAAUUGGCCAAUUUCAAUGUAAUUAAAUUCACUAAGGCUCUAAGGCUUGGGGGAAUAAAAUGAAAGAAAUGUGUUAUUCAUUGCUGAAGUUCAAGAUGAUUUGUUUUGUUUUAACCCCCUAAGCCUUGGAGCCAAGUAUGAAUUUAAAUAUGUUAUGAAAAUUUGUCUAAAUAGGAUGAUUUCUGGCCUUUGGGGCCUUCUUUGGCCAGUGCUCCAAGCUGUGACCAUUUUGCUUGCCAUGAUGAGAAAAAUCAAUCUGGCAAUUAAAAUUAAAGCAAAAGUUGGCUCUUUCACCCUAGUGUCCUUGAGUUGUUGGGUGGCUCUCCAAAAAAUAAAAUUUGUAAUAUCGCAGAAAGUGUCCUGUGUCCUUUUUGGCGUCCAUCUUAUAAUUUUAGGUCACCAAUUGUGUCCUUAAAAAAAGUUGAGCUUGCAGCUCUGUUGGCUUGUGUGUCUCUUUACCUUAGCUAUUCCAACAGUCAAUGCUGUUUAGAACCAGUAGUUAGUGCACUUUGAGAAUUUUGCUGAAUCUAAGAAGACUUGUUAUUUCAUGCACCACAUUCACAUAGUAUUUCACAGCCCUCACUAAAUCAGAGCCACUGACUUCAUUUGACAGAAUGCAUUGUGUGAAUUAUAUAAACAGCAAGAAUGUAACUGAGUUAGAAUGUCAGAGUUGUUUUCAAUUUUAUUUAGAUUGAUGCUGUCUCAUUGUACCUCCUAACCCUCGUCCAAAUGACAGCAUCAGGAUUACAGGUAAAUGUUUCUGAUUAAACAAAAUUAAAUGGUCAUCUAGUAAGUAAAGCUAUGAUACUAUUUUAAUUCUCACUUUUAAUUAUCAGAAUUAAAAAAGCACAUUUUUGUGGCACAAGCUCGAAAUCCAAUUCAAUAUUAUAUGGUUGUCCAUGAACCACUUUGGAUGUGUUACCACUGUUAAAACUGCUGUUUUUUACUUACUUCUCCAAAUAAUUUGUUUAUAGUGGCUUGCCGGUUAAUAGCCUGCACCACUCCCCUACAGACUAGCCAAAUAAUGCAGAUUUUAACAUUCUGCAUAUGAUUCUGAAAAUUAUGUGCCUGUCUUACUCUUCAGAUUAUUUACACCAAUGAUGAGGUCAGUUUUGUACAAAAUCUUGUGUACUACAUCGAGCGUGCCUAUAGAACCCCUGACUAUGGGAUGUGGGAAAGAGGAAGCAAGGAAAAUAUUGGACACAAAGAACUAAAUUCCAGGUAUUAAUAAUGUUAAUGUUUGGGUAUUAAUUUUAAAUAGUUGAUCCUUUGGUUAGCUUUUGUUUUUGCGAAAAAGGUUAAUAAAUCACUGAACACCACUACCCAUUGUAAUUUAACGUUAGGAUCGGCACAGUUCAUGGUCUGAAUAGCUUGCGAAUACAGCCGUUUGUCUUUGCUUGUCGCUGCUACGGACGUCGAGGAGCCAGGACAGAUGGCUGUUUUCUCAUGCUAUGGUCUGAAGUGUGAAUUCAAAAGAAAUGUUUGUAUAAUAAAUUACCUUUAUAGUAGUAACGUACAUAAUGCCUUCAGUAAAUACAAUAAUUACACUGCAUUGUUUGUCUUAAAACAUAAAAAAGUACCGCAAAACAGCCAGUAUUUUUGUGCACGGUCAAGACGGCCACAUGCGCGCCUUGAAAAACUAAUUUUAAGGGGAAAAAAGCUGUUUUGCAGGCUGUUAAAAAACAGAACUUGUUACCAAGAGUAAUUUUGAGUAGUAUAAAAAAUAAUAGUUGCAGCAUUUUAUACUUUAUUUUGUCGUUCCUGAUGCCUUUAAAUAUUUACUGAUUUCUGUACUUCAGUUUCUUUCCGUUUGUGAACUUCACUAACCAUUCUUAUUUCCGUUAUCUACAUAAUUGAUUCAUACGAAAGUUUUACUUCGUUUUUUUUUUCAGUUGUGUUUUAUAAUUAUCUUUUUAGUUCUAUUGGUAUGGCGAAGGCUGCACUGGAGGCAAUCAAUGGAUUUAACAUCUAUGGAAUGCAGGUCAGCAGAGAUGUAAUUGAAAACUUUCAAUUAGCCUGCGAGCAAGCUCUCCAUCAAGCUUGUUUGCACAACAAUUAUCAGCUUUAAAAACUCUCGGCUUCGUCUCGAGUUUUUAAACCUGAUAAUGCACAACUGCAAGUUUUUUGAGCGGCUUCAAAGUCUGAUAUAGAUCAACUCAUUCUUGCACUAAUAUUUAGAUUUGGGGUUAUUUUGGUCUUAAAAAUUGGACAUAAAGUUAAGCCGUGUCUUUAUCAGAUAUAAAGACACUCAUUAAACAUUAAUUUCUUUUGUUUUUUCCUUAUGAAUUAUUAUAAAGUAAUUGCGGGCGACAAGAGGAGCCCGCAAUCUUAAUCUCCAGGCUGUUAUUAAGCAUGCGUCCCAUGUCUGUAGCCAGCAUUCAUUUGGACUUCCACUAAGAAUGAAGGGACUGCACAAAACACUUAGAUCACGCGCGUUUGGACCUUCUACCCCUCGUACCCCCUUGCGAGACGCAAGAGAACACGUGAGCGAAUGCUUACCGCGAUUAGGGUCCCUCGCUCUCGCGUCACCGUUCGCGUGCCGUUCUCGCGUGGUUCCACUAUACCCUCCAAGUAAGGAGCUUCCGCAAGCUAGCACUGUGCUGCUUAUUCUAUUACAAGAUCCCUAUUCUGUAUCUAUUGUCCAUGGAUUUUCUGCUAUUGAAUGUCUUGCUUUGCACAGGGUACCUCGUCAUCUGUUAUUUACGUGGAUCCAGAUGCUCACAACAGAAACUACACCAUCAUGCAUUCAAUGCUGCCUGUAGCGUCGUCAUCAAAGGUUUGAGUAACACUCCCAUAUCUAUGUAUAUCUAUGUAAAGUAUACCUGCAUAAUAUGUGGAACAUUAAUUGUUUUAACUUGAAAUUUUGUGCUACCGAGCGUCAGCGAGAUAGUACGCGAUUCCUUAUCUUGCGGAAAUUCAGAAUCUAAUGCAGCAAAAUUUUGUCGGAUGUAACCAUGCACAGUUGGUUGGUUUUUGACUAUCCGAGCUUCGAUGUUUGUCGUUACCUAAAAUUGCACGUGAAAAUCUUUUCACGAACUUUCACGUCGUUCACAGAUUGGGCAUGAUCAGCGGCCAUUAAAACCGUACUGUAAGUUCCUUGCAAGUGAACAGCGUUGCAGGACUCCCUGGUCGAAAAUUUUCCCUUCUCCCUCAAGAGUCGAAGAAUAAUUAAACUCCAAAGUAGAUUUUUUUAACCACAUUGAUUCAGGGUUGUAUUAACGGUGAAGUGUUUUCUCUCGUCCGUCGAACAACAUAUUUAUUCUUUUUAAUAUGGGUGAAUGUUCUGAAUCAGCGGGCAAGGUUGCCACGGGUCGGGUAACAUUGUUUAGUCAAACCUUUCACUGGGCACAUAAGUUGGAGUUAUUGCAUUGUCAUUUCUGGUAUUGUUAUAAUUAUAGCUGGAAUUAUCCCUCCAUCGCUAGGAAAAAUUGGAUGCUUGUCACUAGUGUGGUUUUAAGGUUUAAUAUUAACCUAAAAUGGGACAGAAAAUCUUCACAAAGCUAUAAUGCAUAUUUCUUUUUUUUUUUCGAACAGUUUUCCCAUGUAAUAUCAUGAAACUGCUAUGUAACCACUCAUAUUGUUCUCAUAGUGAUAUAUUAUCAAAAAAAUUAUCCUUUUUUUCAAAUAGGAGACUGACGCGUCCUUGCUGAUGAUAACCGGAUUUCCUGCUUUUGCUGUUGGUGAUGAACCUCUGAGUCAGCAAGCAAAAGCCAUGGUGCUAGAAAAACUGGAGGUAUCUUUAGGACAUUAGUGAGCUUUUAAGCUUAAAAGGCCCUGUUCAUAUGGAGAAAACUUGUCCCGUUCCGUCCCGGUAGGAGGGUCACUCGCCUACCCGCGUUACCCUGGGCGAGCCAAUUUUUCCCACGUUUUCUUGCAAAACUUGGCGAAGAAACAAAACGUUGGCUCGGCUAGAAGUGGGUCAACCUCCUAGUCAGCACAACGUCUCAUCAUUUAAACACUUUAGCUCGCUCAUCUGGAUCAAUUAGGUUAGGGCGAGACAAUCAGAGCUUGCGUGAGUGCUUUUGAAAGCUCUUGGCUCAGGCAAAGGGGUGAACUUAUUUCUCAUAUGAAGGCUCGUUGAAGUUGACUUCGGGUUUAGAGUUACCCUCCUCCCCGGGAUAACUUUUGGAUCUUUAGGUUUCUGGGAACUGACCACCCGCCCCUCCCCUAAGUCAGGAUUAUCACAUACUUCUCACUUAGGGCAAAAUGUUGGUUUAGGGGAGGGGGAGGUGGGCAGUUCCCCAGAAACCUAAAUUGAUCCCUACUUUUCUCCUUGUAAACAGGACCUAAAAGGGCUAGAUAACGCUAGGGAGGCAACGUGGUCGAUCGACUGCUUAUAGCAAUUCAAGUCCCGCCCUGACCGCUAGCUGGAUUUGUUCUCGGUAGUCACGAGUUCAAAUCCUCGGCCACGCUUGUAAAUAGCCAAGCAGCCAAGGUCAGUAGGGAUUCUUAACCCUGUUAAGGUUGACUUAAAUUAUUUGUUAUAAAUACUGCUGAGGGUAAAUAAACGACGAAGUGCAUCUUACGUUAUCCCGAGGUCUUUAAAUGGGGGUCCACUAUAUGGAGAUUCCACAGUGUUUUGAUAAUUUAGUCAGUUUUGUGAUCGGGACCUGCUGACUGACAAAAUUGUUUCCUGGUCUUUUCUCUGAGAAGUUGAAUUGCUGAUAUUCCGUUACUGAUCGGCGGCUAAAGUGUCGUGACUGAGCCCAUACAAGUUAUCAAAACGACGGAAGCAAUGAAAACAUCUACUGUCUCUUGCAAAAAACCUUUUCAUAAGAAUAUUGAGGCUGAGGAAGGAAGAGCAUAGCUCAGGUUCAAUUUCAAGAGAGAUCAUCGGGC